GUGAUAUUACAAUAUUACAACUUAACAGGCAUGGUGGGGGGAAGCCUUUUGUAAUGUUGCCUGUCCCUACACACAUGCGCGCACACACACACACACACACACCCCACUACAGCAAUUCAAUCAAGCAGUAUGUGAGGUUAUUGAGACAGCGAGGCUGAGCUGGCUCCUGCAGUCGACACCGAUCAGACCCCAGUGAAUCCCGGCAUCGAUCCUGCCCAAAUACUGUAUCGACAGCCAGGCAAAGAGGUGACCACGUGAUGCAAUGUCCAUUUCGUCAUUACAUUUCAUUGUGUGGUGCUUUUUCUCUCUUUGAGCUCACUCUCUUAGUCUCUCAUCCACCUCGUAAUGUCAGCUUGAUUGAGUAUUUUCUCCUCCCUUGUGGGUUCAGCAACAGCCUCCCUCCUCACCCACAUUCACGCACACACACUCACGCUGUCUGCGCAGGCACCCAGCCCAUAUGUGACCGCCUCAGCUCAUCAGUUUGUUGCUGCAUGAGGCGACUGCAACUCUGGCUUCUUAUUAUUCUUCAUUUUUAAGUGUCCCCUCCAACAGAGUGUGAUGUGGAUGGGCUCCCCAGUGGUUACGGAUCAAGGGAGUCCAUCCUCAGGCCAGGUGAAAAGAAAGACUGGAAAAGAAGAAGGCGUGGUCGCGAUAACAGCUGCAACGGCUGGGAUCCAGGCCACCCCAACACAGAUCCUGGCAGAGGAAAAUCGGGCCCCACAUUUGAAGUGACCGGAAGUGCAGCCAUGCGCUGCUCCACCCUGCUUGCCAUCCUCACAGGGGUGCUACUCUACUUGGUGCUGGGUGCCGUGGUGUUCCGCGCUUUGGAGGCGCCGCUAGAAGAGGGCAAGCACAAGCAGCUGCAGGGGACAUGUCAGGAAUUCCUGAUGAACUUCACCUGUGUUGGUGCUGACAACCUGCAAGCUCUCAUAGAGGAAGUAGCAGAAGCCAUCGGUGCAGGUGUGGAUCCGAGCAACAACGCCUCCUUUGUCAGCCAGUGGAAUCUGGCUAGUGCCUUUUUUUUCUCUGGGACAGUCAUCACGACUAUUGGUUUUGGAAACAUCUCUCCAAAGACAGAAGGCGGCCAACUGUUUUGUAUUUUUUACGCCUUGGUUGGAAUUCCGUUCUUUGGUAUUCUUCUUGCUGGAGUUGGAGACCAUCUGGGUACCGGGUUGAGGAAAACGGUUGCCAAAAUAGAGAAACUCUUCCUGAAAUGGCGCAUCAGUCAAACCAUUGUGCGAGUUAUUUCUGCCAUCUUGUCCAUCCUGCUGGGCUGCCUGCUGUUUGUUGCAGUGCCAAUCCUGGUUUUCCAAAAGGUGGAAGGUUGGACACUGCUGGAGUCUGCAUACUUUGUCGUCAUCACCUUGACGACGGUGGGGUUUGGGGACUAUGUGGCAGGGGAUUCAGGGCUCGAAGGCAGCGACCACUGGUACAAGCCUUUGGUGUGGUUCUGGAUCCUGCUGGGUCUCGCCUACUUUGCAUCCAUUCUGUCAAUGAUAGGAAACUGGCUUCGAGUUCUCUCGAAGAAGACCAGAGCUGAGAUGGAGGAACUGCGAGCCCAUGCCACUGACUGGACCCAAAAUAUACAGAAUAUGGAUUUUCGGAUCUCUGGAAAAAUUGAUGAUCCCUUUAGACGGCGCCGGCGAAGGCGGCGCCAUCGCGCUCGCAGCCACGGUCAUGGUGCUUCAGCUCCCGGGGCUCCCGAGGGAGAAGAUCAGAAUGAGAGUGAAACGUAUUCAGAAUCUUACUCCUCUUAUACAUCCUCCUAUGAGUCAGAGUCUGGAUCUGAAUCUGAAACCACUCAAUCCGAUCAGGUGCCCGAAGAAAAGAAGGACCCCCUCUUUUCUCAGCCUCUUGACUUUUUUGGGGAGAACCUAGCAUUCAUUGAUGAGUCAUCUGAUGCUCAGAGUGGUCAUUUACAUUUAGAUACUCAAUUGGAUUCAAAACCACCAAAUCCGAAACACGUCCAACCACACAAAAGAAGGCGUCACAGGAGGCCCGUCCCACAAGGAGGCCUCAAAAAUGAUCGUAGCAAACGAUCCAGUCUUGACAUGAAGGAGCACAACGGAACCCCACACCCAGUUCCAAAUAUACCGCCGAAGCCUCAAGUAUAAAAAAAAGCAUCGAAAAAUAUGUUGCGAGCACAAGAAAGGCCAAAACAAUAUAUCCCCGUUGUGGGACUAAUGAUGGGAUAUAUUAAGGCAAAAAGUGUGACCAGAACAACAAUUUGUUUGUUUGUAUUGCAUAAUACAGGCAAAUGAAACUGAAGUGUUGAACAAGCUUUGGCCGCAUGUGGAUUGCAGAUGAUGCCCGUUUACUUUAGCACGUAUGCCUUAAUGUGAAAAUGAUGAAACGUCUCAAUGCCUUUGCUUUCGUUGCUGUCUGUGGAAUUGCUGCUCUCUGCUGGGCUGAGAGAGGAUCAACAGUUUCUAUAUAUAUAAUUUGUGUCAUUAUUUAUUUAUUAUGUAAUCAUUCCAAACAAUGCAAAAAAAUGAAAAAAAAUCAGGACGGACAAACCAAAAAAAAAAAAAAAUCAUAUUACUAUUUUGGUGGCACUGACCACAGACACUUGCCUGCCAAUGGACUUUGAGUGCUACAGUUGUAGAUGUUUACGGUGGUUCACGCAACUUUUAAAAUGACUACAAAAGACAACAUUUGUAUUUUGAUGGCCUUAUGCGCCAGUGUUACUGCACUCCAUAUACUGUACGUCCUUUUUACAAUAAAAUACAACCACUGUGUUUUACAAUGUCA